CUCCAUUGCAUCUCUGUGUCACUUUAUUCUUCUUCUGAACAUAAUCAGAACAAAGCAAUACAAUGCUUGUUACUAACACAUAGCAAUUUGUACUUCCCAAUAUGGACUUUGCAAACAGCGACAUCUUGACAAUAGGUUUCAGAAUCGAGUACCACCAACUCCACCACCACCAUCAGUUGGGCCUUCUCCAAUUGAAGCAGCAACACACAUGUACACAUACUCAAAUGGGAUCAGUGUGUAUGUUUCCACAAGGACUAUUUUGAAGGGGAUGAUUCCUGAAUAUCAUUAAUACAGGAAAUGGAUUACUUACUGGAGUACUGAUACAUCUAUUCUUAGGCUUGGUUCAGGAACAUUCUUAUAUCACCUUACUCUACUAACAUGUGGUCGGCAUCCCUUUCAAAGUUGCAUAAGUUUCCAUCUUUACGUAUAGUGAGUCAACGAUAUUUUGGCGACAAAAGAAGGGUUCUAGCUAUUCGUAGAGAAGAUGUUAAUGUUUGGGAAAGAAGAGCCCCCCUGUCUCCAGCACAUGUAAAACAACUUGUGAAAGAUGGUAUCAAAGUCAUUGUACAACCUUCAAAUCGUAGGGCGUACAGUAUGAUGGAAUAUGUACAGGUUGGUGCUGAUUACCAAGAAGAAAUCAAUGAGGCUAGCUUGAUUCUUGGUGUGAAACAAAUUCCAAUAGAUUUACUUUUGCCAGAUAAGACAUAUGCUUUCUUCUCACAUACUAUCAAAGCUCAGGAAGAAAAUAUGCCUCUCUUGGAUGCUCUUUUAGAAAAGAAUAUUCGUCUCAUUGAUUAUGAAAGAAUACUAGACAGUAAAGGUCAAAGGUUGGUUGCCUUUGGAAAAUAUGCUGGUGUAUCUGGAAUGAUAAAUAUUCUCCAUGGACUAGGGUUGCGUCUUCUCGCUCUUGGACACCAAACUCCAUUUAUGCAUAUAGGAGCAAGCCACAAUUACCGGAGCAGUCAGAUGGCCCUCCAAGCUAUUCGAGAUGCUGGUUAUGAAAUAGCCCUAGGUCGAAUGCCUAAAUCAAUUGGUCCACUUACUUUUAUUUUCACAGGAUCUGGAAAUGUAUCUCAGGGGGCACAAGAGGUAUUCCAAGAACUUCCAUUUGAAUACAUUGAACCAGAACACUUACCUAAAGUUGUACAACAAGGAGUCACAAACAAACUUUAUGCUUGUGUAGUCAGUCGAGAAGAUCAUUUUGUCCGAAAAGAUGAAGGUUCUUUUGACGCAGAAGAAUUUGAAGCUCAUCCAGAAAGAUAUAUUUCAGUCUUUAGUCAUAAAAUAGCACCAUAUGCCUCUUGCAUAGUAAAUGGUAUCUACUGGUCUGUAAACACUCCUCGACUUAUAACCAUCCCCGAUGCCAAGAACUUAUUGAAACCAGCUGCAACACCAUGGCUAUCAUCCAUGCAAGGCUGUCCACUUCUUCCCCAUCGUUUGCUUGCUAUCUGUGAUAUCUCUGCCGAUCCUGGAGGCUCAAUAGAAUUCAUGAAGGAAUGUACCACAAUUGAUCAUCCAUUUUGCCUUUACGAUGCUGAGCAACAUAUGGAAACAGAAAGUUUUGCAGGUGAUGGUGUUCUGAUUUGUUCAAUUAGCAACAUGCCAGCUCAAAUACCACGAGAAGCUACAGACUUUUUUGGAGGUCAACUUUUGCCUCAUGUUUAUGACAUGAUUGAAUCAAAUGCUAAGAAGUCAUUCGAAGACUAUAAUGUGUCACCAGCAGUGAAAAAUUCUGUAAUUACAUCAAAUGGACAGUUGACACCCAACUUUAAAUAUAUAGAAGACCUCAGGAAUAAAUUCAGGAUUUCAACCUACUCCAAGAGAUCUGCUAAAAAAGCAAAAUUACUGAGCUCUUCAAUUACUAAAAAGUGUUUGCUCUUAGGUGCAGGUUAUGUAUCAACCCCAGUUGUUGAAUAUUUAACAAGAGACAAAACUUGCCACAUGACUGUAGCUUCACAACUGAAGGAUGAUUUGGACAUAGUGUCAAAACUGAAUCCUAACAUCGACUGUGUUAUUUUAGACAUAAAUCGGAACAGAGAAGAAUUGGAAAACCUUGUCCAAGAACAUGAUGUAGUUAUCAGUUUGUUGCCUUUUAUAUAUCACCCUGAAAUUGCCAAGGUGUGUAUAGCCAAUCAUAAGAAUAUGGUAACUGCAAGCUAUGUGAGCCCAGCAAUGAGAGAAUUACAUCAAGAGGCCGUAAAUGCUGGUGUCACCAUUGUCAAUGAAGUUGGAGUGGAUCCUGGCAUUGAUCAUAUGCUUGCUAUGGAGUGUUUUGAUGAAGUUAGGACUGGAGGAGGAAAAAUUAAUUCUUUUACAUCUUGGUGUGGUGGUUUACCAGCUCCUGAAUUCUCAGAAUGUCCACUUAGAUACAAAUUUAGCUGGUCUCCUAGAGGUGUCUUAUUGAAUCUGUUAGCUGGAGCAAAGUACUUAGAGAAAGGAAAAGAGGUUGAAAUUGAAUCAGGCGGCACUUUACUGGAUGUAGUUCGUAAACUUGAUUUCCUACCAGGCUUCAAUCUUGAAGGUUUCCCAAACAGAGAUUCCACAGUGUAUAUUGAUCGAUAUGACAUUGGUGAUGCUCAAACUUGCGUCAGAGGAACCAUACGCUAUAACGGGUUUUCAAACCAUGCCAAAGCUCUUCUACAACUUGGAUUGUUGCAAUCUAGGGAAUGCCCUCACUUACAUGAAAAUGGACCCCCAAUUACUUGGAAAGCCUAUAUGUGUGAAUUGAUGGGGAAAUCCCCUGACAUUCUUGUGGACUCACUCAGAGAUCUCAUUUAUGGAAGACUUGAAUGUAAUGCUGAACGUCUGGCUUUUAUUGAAGAUCUUGGUCUCCUAGAAGAAGAAUUAAUUGACAAAAGAGGGAGCCCCUUGGACACAAUCUCUAACUAUUUGGCAAAGCGAUUAUCAUACCAAAAAGGAGAACGUGAUGUUUUAUUGAUGCGUCAUCAGAUUGAAUUUACUUGGCCUGAUAAAACCCGUGUUUUACGAAACAUUGGACUUUGUGUGUAUGGUGACUCAAAUGGAUCAUCAGCUAUGGCAAAAACUGUUGGUCUACCAUGUGCUAUUGCUACCAAGAUGGUUCUGGAAAGUGAAAUUCAGAAAAAAGGAAUCGUUGUACCCUUAUCACCAGAUAUUUACAGCCCCAUUCUCAAACGUCUCAAACAAGAGGGUAUUUGUUCAACAGAAAGUGAAAUUAAUUUGAACUAAAGCUUGACUUUGAUUUCUGUUCUUAGUAAUAAAAAAAAUUGUUUACCUUCACGGAUAUGAAAGCAACUGUAAUGAAAUGAGAUAUAUAUCAAGAAAAAGUAUUUUUUAAAAUUUAUGAUCUGUAAACAUUGUGAUGCAGAUAGACCCCUUUGUGAUUCAAAACCUAUUCAUUAGGAUAGUCUCUAUCUUAAAAAGAAAAAUAUGGUGUAUAGUACUGUUUUUAUUGCACAUAUGAAGCUCAAUACAUGUUCCUGGUUUGUUUUUAUAUAAAACUAUUUUCUAUACAUAUUCACAUCACACACAAAUUGAGCAUGUGCAGUGAUUAAGCAAUAAUCAGUAUCAA